AUGCAACAUUAUAUGUUUAGACUAAAUCGGCAAAGGAAUAAAUUCUUAUGUAACGUUUUUUUUUAAAUAUAUACAUCUGGAUUUAAAAUGGCUCCAUCUCCUCCUUGUAAGCAGUUGUAACAUUCAACUAUGAAGGGUAACAAUCGAACCAUUUUAUUAUCAGGCGUAGCCUUGACUAGUUAAUCAAGACACAUGUUUUACUUGUUUGAGCUGUUAUAUACAAAUCAAAAAUAUCUGGAAAAUUUAAAUGUUCAAUGGUAAAUUUGUUCCAUUAGCACUGACUGAAGGAUAAUGUUCUUCGACUGGAGCUCAACUGACUUUAAGCCCAACGAAUGGAAGUAUUACCCGCUUGCAUAUAGACAUGAUAUGAGCUAUGAUAUUGAUGCCCUUAACUGUACUUUGCCGGCCAUCGUGGAGUUCCCUAACCUUAUGCGACAAAAAAGUUGGAUAGCAAUCGUAGUGUCAUCUUUGGUCAGCAUGUACCUUUUUGUCAUCCUAGCGAUUGUGUGUGACGAUUAUCUAGUGCCAGCCAUGGAGCGCCUUUGCUACACCCUGCGCAUGACCUAUGAUGUGGCGGGAGCCACUUUUCUAGCGGCUUCCACAUCGGCACCGGAACUGUUUGUAAACUUUGUGGGAACUUUCGUCACUAAGGGCGACAUCGGACUUGGCACUAUCGUGGGAUCUUCCGUGUUUAAUGUCCUGGUAAUUGCAGGAGUUUGCGGCAUAUUUACUCAACCGACCAAGCUGGAUUGGUGGCCGGUGACCAGAGACACAGCCUGGUACCUCAUAGCCAUAGCGUCGCUCACAUAUGUGUUGUAUGAUUCGUUGGUUACGUGGUAUGAGGCUUUUGCCUUUUUACUACUAUACAUUGCUUAUGUCAUUCAAUUGUCCUUUGACCGUAGGAUCCAAAAUUUGGUUCGACAUGAUCACGCUGAGUCGGAGCUGUUGGACGAAGAUCCGAUGACCCGCGAAGAAGAGCGGCUGAAGGGAUUUCGCGACCACGUGUGUGCGAAACCCCAAACGGAAUCCAAUUUUUGCCAGUGGACAUGGUGGGCCGUCAAAUAUCCGGCAGAAUUGAUGCUUGCCUGCACUGUUCCCAGUGUCAGAUCCAUCUUCUUCCUUUCCAUGAUUUUAGCCGUCCUUUGGAUUUCCUUGAUAUCCUAUCUUCUUGCUUGGUUUCUCACAAUUUUGGGGUACAACCUCAAAAUUCCAGACGCGAUCAUGGGCCUUACUGUAUUGGCCGCCGGCACUAGUGUCCCCGAAGUAGCGUCCUCGUAUAUUGUGUCCAAAAAAGGAUAUGGGUCAAUGGCCAUCUGCAAUGCCAUUGGGUCGAACACAUUCGACAUUUUUGUAUGCCUAGGUCUACCCUGGCUUCUGAAAAUCCUUAUAUACCAGCAAAAGGUCGAGAUCGACUCCACGGCCCUUACCAUCACCACGGCCAUGCUAGUGAUAACUGCCACCGUUCUUUAUUUGGGUCUUCUGGCAAGUAGGUUUGUGAUGGGCAAGAUCGUCGGAUAUCUCAGCAUAAUCUUCUAUGUGCUUUUUCUGAUUAUCGCCUGUACACUAGAGAUAUUAUUGAACAAAGAAAACAUGUGCGACAUCGAGGAUCCAAGUGGAUUUUUUGGAUAAGCAUCUUGUAAAUUUAUAUCGCCCACUCUGACGCUCUAAAACCGCCGAAAGCUUCGCGCCAACAUUUUUGAAAUAUUUUAGGAUGUUUUUUCAUAAAUUUAUUAGUCGUCGAUCUAUCGAUUUGAAAAAAACUUUUUGCCACACCAACUCUAACUCCCUAAAGCCAACAAAGCCUGUUGCUUUACGUAUACCGUAUUGCUAUUAGAGGCAGUAAAUCAAAGAAAUGUUAUAUCAUAAUUGGAAAAUUAUAAUUGGGAAAUGUAACGAGAAAUAAAUAAUUGUACAAAUAAAGUUUUAUAUCGAGUUGUUUUCCAUCAUUUAUCUGGGUGGUUUGGAUAUAAAAAAGUAAUGCAAAAAUUACUUUUUCUGCAUUCCCAAUGUGCCUAGUUUUGUUGUGCAAUUUCAAACGCCGAAGAACAUUUUUUCAUUUUGUUCAAAUGUUACUAUAACAAUUCCACAAUAAUAAAACAAGAGAGAAUGCUAUAGUCGAGUUCCCCGACUGUCAGAUACCCGUUACUCAGCUAGU